AUGGAAUAAAUGGCUGAGAUUAAUUUCACUGGGGUGACGGAGUUCAUUCUCUUGGGCAUCACUGACAAGCAGGAGCUGAAGACUCCCCUCUUUGUGGUGUUUUUGUCUAUCUAUGUGUUCACAGUGGUCGGCAAUCUGGGUCUCAUCAUAGUCAUCAGAAUGGACUCACGACUAAAAACUCCAAUGUAUUUCUUCCUGAGUCACCUUGCUUUUGUUGAUUUCUGCUAUUCUUCCACCAUUACUCCCAAGAUGUUGGGGAAUUUUUUGUAUGAGAAAAAUACUAUUUCUUUCAAUGCGUGUGCUGCCCAAUUAGGUUGCUUUCUUGCCUUCAUGACAGCAGAAUGCUUGCUGCUAGCUUCCAUGGCCUAUGAUCGUUAUGUGGCCAUUUGCAACCCUUUGCUUUAUAUGGUUUUAAUGUCUCCUAAAAUCUGUAUUCAGCUUGUAGCUGUACCUUAUAGCUAUAGCUUUCUGGUUGCAUUAUUCCAUGUUAUCCUUACUUUCCGCCUCUCCUACUGUGGUUCCAAUAUUAUCAACCAUUUCUACUGUGAUGACAUGCCUCUCUUGAGGCUGUCCUGUUCUGACACCUACUCCAAACAAAUAUGGAUUUUUGCAUGCGCAGGGAUCAUGUUUAUCUCUUCUCUUAUGGUUGUCUUUGUCUCCUACAUGUAUAUCAUUUCUGCGAUUCUAAAGAUGCAAUCAGCUGAGGGCAGGCGCAAAGCCUUCUCCACCUGUGGCUCACAUAUGGUGGCAGUCACCAUUUUCUAUGGGACCUUGAUAUUUAUGUACUUACAGCCCAGCUCAAACCAUUCCCUUGAUACAGAUAAGAUGGCCUCAGUCUUUUAUACAGUCAUCAUUCCCAUGUUAAAUCCCCUUAUCUACAGUUUGAGAAACAAAGAGGUAAAAGAUGCUUUGAAGAGGGCCUUAAGCAAUAGCAAGCAUGGCCUUAUUAUAAUAAAAUUGAAAAAUUGA